AAGGCGAAAUUUUUCUUCCCUCUGGAUAGAUAAAAAAAAAACUCUGCUACGACAAUUUGUGUGUUGCGACCAAAAAAAAACCACAACCACCUUGUUCACCUUCCACCCCUCCAUUCAACCCCAGAUCGACCACGCGGCUCAAUUCCAUCUUCGUAGGAAGCCCACUCGCGUAACAACACGAUGCACGCCAUCCGUCGCGCAGCUGCUAGGGCGGCUUGCUCCUCGCCAAUGGCUGUCGCGGUCCCGCGGCAGCAGGUCGCCUCCUUUGCCAUGCAAAUCAGCAAGGCUGGCUCGCGCCCGGCUGUAGCAUUCCCUCUCGCCCGCUACUUUUCUCAGACUCCGCGGGUCGCCCAGGAGGAGGAGGACGGAGACAGGCGUGACGCCGAGGAGGAUAGCACGCUUCGGUCGAGCCCGACCGAGUCGGAGCGCCUCCGAGAGAGCGGCUUCAGCGUCUUCAUCAGCAACAUGACUUUUGACGCAACCGAGGUCCAUCUUCGAGAGGCUUUCUCCAAGUAUGGUACCAUUCUUGGUCUCAGCAUCGGACGAGAUGGCCGCGGCUUGAGCAGAGGUUUUGGUUUCAUUACCUUUGCGGAUGAGAGGGCUGCGAACCGCGCUGUCGAUGAGGCCAACAAGUCGUUCUGGCACGGCCGCCGCAUCAACGUGGAACACAAGAAGGACGUGCCUAACCGACGAGAUGCCCUGGGGGGCUCCUCAGAGCCGACCAACUCCCUCUACAUCGGCAACAUCCCCUAUGAAACGUCGGACACCGAGCUCAACAAGCUCUUCACUGAGUUGGACGGUGUGAUCGACGUCCGUGUCGCCGUUGACCGCAAUACCGGUUGGCCCCGCGGCUUCGCCCACGCCGACUUCGUGGAUGUCGAUUACGCCAGAAAGGCCUUGGAGAAGCUGUCCACGGUCAACAUCGGAGGACGCCCCCUGCGCAUCGACUACGCGACGGGACGAACCCAGGGCGGCGGCAUCCCACGAUAAAGGCUCUCCGCUUUGAGUCUGACGUCCGCAGCCGUGUACUCUCACGAAGAAUUGCUGUUUACGGUAUGGAAAGAGGGGCACUUGGCGGGGACCUUGCGAUAUGAACGAGAAUGGCAACACGUCGGACGGAGCUCCGGAGAGGUUGGCGACCAGACCAGCCUCAGCUUCCAGUCAACUAUCAUGAUAGAAGACUAGGCUCAGUGUACUAAUGUAACAUAUUCCCUCCCCCCCCCCACCCAACCCCGUGUAAAACAGCCCACCUCUUGAUUUUAUAGUCUCGGCGGCCUGGUAGGGUGAAAACGGCCACGUCCGCCUAUAUGGAUGAAAUGCAUACAAAAUCUCCCCUCUCUC